AUGGUUACUGAUAAUCAAGAAGCUAUGAUACCAAAAUCGGUGCAAUUCAAUGAAUCCUGCGAAAAUUACCGUUGUUUUUGUAAUUGUUUCCAUAUAAAAACUGGAACUCUUAUCGCUGCUGGUACCGAACUUUUAAUGCUACUAAUAUUUCUCAUUAAUUCGCUAUUGAUAGUUGUGGAGGAAGAUAACAAAUAUGAAAAAAUCGCAGGUACAUGUGAUAGCUAUGUGACUCAAUCGUUUUUCGUAUCCAUGAUAGGCAUUGGUCUUAGUUUUUUAGCAGUUCUGUUACUUUUCAUUGGAGUAAUUCGUAACAAUGCUGCAUUUCUGAUACCUCAUCUUAUCAUACAGGUGAUUGUAAUAUUAAUACUUGCAUUUGCCUUAACAUGUGGUAUUAUUGCAUUUUCCACUAAUACAACGAUAUUUUAUCGAUUGAUGAAUGGGGCAUCAUUUAAAGAACAUCCCAGUAGUACUACCGUUGCAUUGGAUACUCAGACUACCGCACGAUUUAUCACUCUUUUCAUUCUUUACCUUAUUUGUUUUAUAUUACAGUGCUGGUAUGUAAUGAUCAUUCACAAUUGCUACCGUUACUUGAAGGAACGAUGCCGAUACAUGCAUUAUUGUCUUGCAUUCAGCACACCGAUGGAAACAUUGAUCUUCCGAUGA